AUAGGGUAAAUCGUUGGACGUAUUAUUAACACUAAGAUUGUUUGUGGCAGCCACACUAUCAAACAGACAGAAAGCAAGGACAAAGUAUACUACUAUAUAUUGAAAUUAAAACUGCAAAUCGUACCACAGCUGAGCAAGUAACUGAGAAAUGUCUGAGUAUUUGGAACCAGGUGAUUUGGUGAUUUUCUAUCGCACAGGAUACAGACAUUGGACAGUGUAUUCGUAUGACGAUCAGGUCAUUAGUUUCACAGAUGAUGGGUGGAUUAGAGAAGUAGAUUUUGAGGUUGCCCAGGAAAACUCGCAAGUGGCAUGGCAAAGCGAUCCUAGCCCUUUUUCUCGAGAAGAAAUCAUUCGCAGAGCGAGAUCUAAACUUGGAUAUCAGAAUUUUGGGCGGUUCAACACACUUCUCAAUAACUAUGAACACUUUGCCAAGUGGUGUCGUUAUAAUGAAGUACAAAGCUCGCAGGCAAAGACUGAAUGGGCUACAUUUGGCUCUGCUAUUUUAGCAGCUCUCGGGGUGGCAACUGCAGGAGCGGUAGCAGUGGGGGCAGUUGCAGCUACAACAAUAGUGGCAGCAGCAUCCGUUGCAAAUGCUACUCUAUCUUCUAGUACUUACAAACACCGCAACACCGGAGAAGAAAAGAAAAUCUUCAAACGAUCGAAAGACCCCAGAAAGCGCUACAUCAAUUAGAAUAUGUAUUAUAACGUUGUUUCUUUUUCAGUAAAUAUUUAAAUGGCGGUGGUGUACGGCGACUUGCUAUGGUAGUUAUCAUUAAAACUCUUUGGCGCAUGUCUUUGCUAAUAGUCUUAAAUAAAGGUCUAAUUUUGUUUAAUUAUUAGUAAUAAAUUUAAGUUAUAUGGUAAAAAAAAAUUAUUACGGUAGUACCAAAGACUAUUAUGUGGCUAGAUACAUUGUAUAUCGCUAUUAAAGUAUCAAUAUCUCGUGUCGGUCUUUGCUUCAGAUCUUUGUUAUAAAUUAACGAGACUAUCACAGAGGUAGGUCAUUUGUAAAAAAUAAUAAUAAUAAUAAAAAUAAUAAUAUAAUAAUAAUAAAUAUUCUGUCAAAUGACUGUCCUCUUGCUUGUAAAUGUGAGUAAUUCAUUUAGUUUUUUCAUGAUUUGUAUUAUUUGUAAUAGUUAUACCCACACUUUACAAGGUUUAUCGGUGAACAUCCCUACAGUUUUGGUCAUGGGUUCUGACUUAUACAGUGCUCGAAGUUACGAAUUUUUCACCCAUGGCAAUUACAAAAACAAAUUGUUUUAAACUGACUUUUGCAGAAAAUAAAGUUAUCUGAAAGGUUA